GAGAAGAUGCAUCUCGCUGUCCGCCUGCUCCUCCUUCUGGCUACACCACUGGCCCUUUCUCAGAGUCAGCCACACCCUGGGCACAGUGAGGGAAAUUUCACUGAUAGCUCUCAUCAAGAGAUGCCGGGCACAGGUUGGGGCUCCCCUAGCCUCAGGAUUGUCUCCAGCAAUACAGACUUUGCCCUCCGCCUCUACCACGUGAUGGCCUCCGAGUCCCCUGGCAAGAACAUCUUCUUCUCCCCGCUGAGCAUCUCUGCUGCCCUGACCAUGCUCUCCCUGGGGGCCCGCGCGCACACCCAGACUCAGAUCCUCCAGGGCCUGGGCUUCAACCUUACGGAGAUGACCGACUCUGACAUCCACCAGGGCUUCCAACAACUCCUGCACACUCUCAACCUUGCCAGCGGCACACUGGAGACGCACAUGGGCAACGCCUUGUUCCUGACCAGGGGGCUGCAGCUUCUUCCAAAAUUCCUUAACCAUACCAUGGCCUUCUAUGAGUCCCAACUCUUCCACACUAACUUCUGUGACUCAGUGGGUGCAGCUCAGCUUAUCAAUGACCACGUCAAGAAGGAAACACAAGGGAAGAUUGCGAAUUUGGUCACUGAGCUCAGUAAGGACACCAUGAUGGUGCUGGUGAAUUAUGUCUACUUUAAAGCUCUGUGGGAGAAACCAUUCAGUCCAUCCAAGACCUCUCCUGAGGACUUCCAUGUGGAUGCAAGCACAACUGUCCAGGUGCCCAUGAUGUGGCAGGAUGACCAUUACCACUGGUAUCUUCACGACAGAUACUUGCCCUGCUCAGUGCUGCGGAUGAACUAUGAAGGGGAUGUGGUGGCAUUUUUCAUUCUUCCAAACCCAGGGAAAAUGAGGCAGAUGGAAGAGGCUUUGACUCCAGAGAUGCUAACAAGGUGGAACAACUUGCUCCAGAAGAGGGCCUUUUUCUACAGGAAGCUAGAGUUGCAUUUCCCCAAGUUCUCCAUUUCUGGCUCCUAUGAAUUGGAUCAGAUUUUGCCCAGGCUGGGCUUUGCUGAGCUGUUCUCAGAGCAAGCCAACUUCUCCGGUAUCACCAAAACGCUGAACCUAAAGAUGUCCAAAAGUUUCCACAAGGCCAUUCUGGAUGUGGAUGAGGUCGGCACCAAAGCUGCAGCAGCCACCGGCUUCUCUGUCGUGUUUAAAAGUGCCCCAAAGAAUCCCCGUGUCCUGAGGUUCAGCCGGCCUUUCCUAGUGGUGAUCCUUUCCACCAGCACCCAGAGCAUCCUCUUUAUGGGCAAGGUUGUCGACCCCACGAAAUCAUAG